AUGCUGCAAGCGAAAAUCACAGAACUGGGCACAAAACUACAUUUCCUGGGCGCCCAGGUGCAGCAGCUGGAGCAGGCCACAGAUUCAAAUCAUGCUGAUAUCCAGGCUCUCAGACCGCAAGUGAGUAAAAACUCUCUGCAAAUCUCCCUUCUACACCCUUCUACACCACUAAGUGACCUUGAUAAUAGGGGUCGGAUGAAUAAUAUCAGGGUCAGGGGGAAAGCUGAGGCCAACCAAACCCCCUAAGAUAUCCCCUCCAUUUUGUGUCACUUGCUUAAUUCCAUCCUGGAGCGCCCCAAAGACACUGCCAUCAAGCUGGACAGGGAGCAUAGAGCACUUAAGCCAAAUGGCCGACCCGAUGGGGCCCCAAGUGAUAUUAUUUGCUGCAUUUAUGACUUUGACCUUACAGACAUUAUCCUGAAACGAGCCCAGGCCUCGGCAGCAAUACGCUUUAUGGAUCACUAG